AUGUAUGUGAAAUGGUUUGAUACAGGAAUGUUAUACUAUGUGAUUUAAGUGUAUUAUUGAAUGUCACUUUUUAAUAUUUUUACAUUUUCCACCGGUUACGUCCAAGUGCGUCGCAGGGAACGGAACCCAAAAGACGGAUGCCGGCAUUGGCCGGAGGAGAUGGCUGGGGACACUGCAGGAGGGACAUCGUGGGAGCGCAGGACAAGGUAAGUGAUCGAGGGAUCCCGGAGCAAUGCUGCAUGGUAUUCCUGAGUGUAGCUCGGGGUUACUGCUUUGCUGAAACUUUACCCCGAGCUACACUCGGGAAUACCGCCAGGGAGGUU